AUGAAGCCUCAGAUUAUUCUCAUAUCACUACUGGGGCUAUCAUUUGUAUCGGCACAGAACCUGUUCGACACCGGUUAUGGAGUCCAAAUCCCCUAUAGCGGAAAUGGCGCAUCGAGUGCCUACAACAGCUACGGUUAUAACAAAUACAACAACAAUCAAGAACCCGCGGAAAGCGGCUCCGGAGAUCCGCUACGACAAGCGUUGGGGCUGUGGGGAAGGCUGUUGAAUAAGGUAGGAUAACUUGAGAUUUUUGCAAGACUUUUGUAUAUCUUUGAGCACCAAGAAUAGCUUAUAUUAUUAUAGUUAAAGGCAAGAAAAAUACAAACGUAUUUUACAAUUAAAAAAUGAGCCUAUGACCAGCGAAGACAACAAUUUCCUUGUUGGAUUUAAAAAAGUCAUCAAAAUUUUGGGUCUCACCACGAAAACCUCAGAAGAAUAUUUUUUUUUCUAAAAUUUUCAAAAAUUCUGCAACGUAUUUUAAACUUCCAGAUGGCCCAACCCAGCCCUCCCACGGACGAUGAGCUCCGUCUUCGAGCCUUGAAUGCCAACCAACAAGUUGAUGAUGGACUUGAAUAUGAACAACCUUAUCAGCAACCCUAUCAACAGCCAAGUCUUGGCCAACUUGGUGCCGGAAUUGCGGCCAAAGCUAUCAAAAAUAUCCAGAGUGCCGGACUUUUGAAUGGCCUGUAUAAACAGGAGAAUAAUCAAGAGAUCCCGAACAGUCUGUUGAAUCGAUUAGAUGGACCAGGGAGUUUGAUCGACCCGAAGAGGCUGGAACAGAUUUUGCCGAGAACUAUUGAUGAUGUGAAGAAAACAGAAAGCACCACUACUACUACAACUGAAGCACCAACGACAACCACGACUACUGAGAGUACCACGAGUACUAGUACUACUACAACAGAGGCUUCUGCGACGGAAGAGCCGACAACGACAGCGAAGCCGGAGAGGACUACUAAAAGUAGGAUAUAACUUUUGUGCGGAGAUAAUAUAUGUAUACAGUCAAAGCGAUCUAUACAAAGUAUUGUAAGGGACCAAAAAAGUCAUCUGUUUUAGUAUAAGGGUUUUGUUGUACAGAGGUCUAUUUUGUUCUAUGGACCUCAAGACUUCUAUUAUAUGAAUAUUGUGUGUUAUAGACGGGUUUCGUUGUUGCUUUUGUCGUGCAGAAAUCCAUUGUGUCAUUUUUUGACAAAAUUCCCAAAAAAUGCCUCUGGCCAUUUGAAAAACGAUCUCUUUUUGACACGGUGUAUUGAGGCGCCGGACGUACUGAUUUGCGGAUACGGUGGGCACCUCACAUCAGUGUGGUUGAAGCUAUUGACUGGCCAAGGUUAAAUCGAUGUGGCGCUUAGUCAUAACUAGAAUUUUGGAGAUGAUGUUUGGCUGUUUUCUCUCGAUUAUCCGGGACCAAACGUUGCUUUCUGGUCAGAGAAUAACGCUCAAAAAUUUUCUUGAGUCCUUAUGACCAACUUUGUCCUUUGAAAAUUAUUCCAAAAGAACUUUGAUAUAUGAAAUCUUUUGGUCUAUAUCAGUCUGUCGGGAAAAUAACGGCGGGUCUUUGCAUCAAAAUGUCUCGUCUCACCGCCAAAUCUUCAGCUGCGGACGCCGUAGCAAAGCGAUGAUGGGCGAUUCCGAGAUGAUCCACCGUUAUUUUCCUGACAGACUCAUAGUAUGUGGACGAAACGUCUGAACGGUUCAGGAAAUGCGCCAGAUGGCCGCUAGCUCAUGGUCCCGUGGCCUAAUGGAUAAGGCGUCUGACUUCUAAUCAGAAGAUUGCGGGUUCGACCCCCGCCGGGACCUAGUGUUCUUUUUGGACUUGAAAUCAAUUUUAUGACAUUUAAUUUGUCUAAUUUUUGCAGAAGCGACUAAGAAAACAACAACAAGUACCGCGGCUACCACUACCAUCACUGAAGAGCCAAAAGAAACUGAGAAACCGCGCAAAAAGUCGACAAAAAGAGCAAAAUCAGUGGAAAAGACGACAAGACAGCCCAAAAGUGAGGAGUAUAUGGAAGAUGAAGAAGAGGAGAUGCUCAAAAAAUCUCGGUUUUCGUUGAGAACAACUGUCAGAACAGAAGAUGAGGUUAAAACUACCAAAAAAGCGAAAAGCACCACUACUGUUAAGCCAACAACUAGUAAGCCUAAAGUAAAGGCGACAGAAGUGACUACUAAGAAAACUACUACUACUAAUGCUCCCACAACUACUCCUAAGCCUCGCAAGGAGUCCAAAAAAGAGCAUAAAGGACUGGAGAAGAUCAGAGAAGAAGAGGAAUACGAUGACGAAGAGUAUUCGGAGGGAAGCGGCGAGGAGUACGACGAAAUCACAACCACAACUACUGUGAAGCCAAAACACAGCAAAAACAGAUCAAAGGAGAAGAGAAAGUCAAGUGAAAAGAAGGCAAAGCCAAGUGAGGAGAAGAGAAAAAAGGAGGAAAAGAAAGCAAAAUCAGAUGAGGAGAAGAGAAAGAUGGAGGAAAAAGAAAGCGAUUCGGAUGUCACGGUGCUCAAAUUCAUCGACGAAAAUAUCCCAGAAGCCGAGGAGGAGCAGAAUCGUAAGUAGUGGAAAUUGUAGGAAAACCUCUGUAAAACGAAUUGCAAGAGAAGAAAAAAUGUUGUUACAGAAAAGCUUCGUUGUAUGGAGGCUUACUUGCCUAACUUUGAAAAAAUGCGGAUUUGACUUUUUAAAGUAAAAAAACUAAGGCGUAUCAGGACAUACUGUUGCAGUUAGUGAUGAUUUUUACACCAAUAGAAAGCUACUUAUGUAAUUAACAAGUUCUGUAAAUUUCAUCGUAUUGUGGUCACCGACUCAAAAGUUAUGGCUCUAACUUUAAGCCCUAUUAUAAUACUUUGGGUGUUGUCUCAACAACAGCGGUUUUCUCUAGGACCUUCCCGCUACUCUGAGAUCUUUUCGUAAUCUUUUCGUAUCCUGAUCAAAAAACGACGUAAAAAACUUUGACUUUCUUCCAAUUAGUCAAACUGCUUCCUGGGGGUGAAAUUGUUUGCUAUAGACGUUAUAGACAGUCUGUGUUGUACUGGUGUUCGACGUGCAGAGGCUCUACUGUAUGUACUAUUAUAUGUCUACAGGGUCUUACAAAAAACGUGAAGGAAAGUGGAAGGCUAUAACUUCCGGCGGAGGCGGCGCAGAGACUUCAUAUUUGAAAUAUGUAUUUUUUAAAGACAUAAGUUUUUGCCUACGAAAUAACAAGCUUUUAAAGUGCAAACUGAGGUCGCUAUAACCUUCUGAAGCCGGGGCAUCUCUACCCCGAAAACCAGGUUUUUCCGGUUGAAAAUGACCGAGAAAUUUCGGACUUUUUCGGUUGAAAAUCACCAGGAAAUGUCGGAUUUUUGGGGGUUUCGAUAUGGGUGAUGUUGAAAAAGAGGAGGAAAGUGCCAACACUUGCAAUUUUUUCGACGUUCUCUUAAAGACUAUAUCAAGAAACCCCAAAAAAUCCGACAUUUUCUGGUGAUUUUCAACCGAAAAAGUCCGAAAUUUCUCGAUCAUUGUCAACCGAAAAAACCUGGUUUUCGGGGUAGAGAUGCCUCUACUUCAGAAGGUCGUAGCGACUUCAGUUUGGACUUUAAGAGCUUGUUAUUUCGUAGACAAAAACUUAUGUCUUUUAAAAAUACAUAUUUCAAAUACGAAGUCUCUGCGCCGCCUCCGCCGGAAGUUAUGGCCUUCCACUUUCCUUCACGUUUUUUGUAAGACCCUGUAUAUCUGUGUGAUAUAAUAGGGCCUUUAAAUUAAUUUUUAUAGAGUUCCAACGAGACGAAGUGCCUCAAACAACAACUUUGGCGCCAAUUGAAAUUCCGACCUUCACUUUGAAUGUAAGUUUAACAAAGUUAUAAAAUACGGAAUACCAGCUGCAAGCUGUAAUAUGAAAAAUAAUUUUGUCCAUUUGUUCGCUCGUAUUUUACAAAUUUUAAUUUUUUAUAAGGAAGGUGCAUCUCUUAUUAAAAAAAUUUUACAGCCCAAAGCCUUUGAAAUGUCGGACUCCAAACUGAACAAUGUUAUUAGCCAAGCCGGCACAAUUAUCGACGGAGUUGGCCCGUUGAUUCUACCGCUCCUCGGAUUCAGUAGGACUGCUGCUGGCGCUGCCUUUGCUCAGCCCACAUUUGGAGCGGCGGCGGCGGCUGCGGCUCCAGCAAGAGUUGCGGGAGUUCGCAGUUACAAACCGAGUGCGAAGAGUGGUAAGUUGGAAAAAUAUUGGUGUUAUUGAAGGUAGAGUUGAUAAAGGUUGGUAAAAAAUUAGGAUUACAGUAUUAGCUGAUAGGGGAAGUGCUCCCCGUGCGACGCUCGGAUUUUGAGGACAUUUGGCACAAGUUUGGAUUCAUUUUUUCUAUGACAUAUGGGAAUUUCUAGCUCGCGCUUUGUAGAAACGAUCGAUAUUUUAGAUCAAAGUUUUUUUGAAAUUUUGGCAAUAAAAGUGCUAUGGUUUGUCUACCGUAGUAAAGCAAUGUUUCCAUAAACAAUCAAUUUUUUCCACGCGAAACUAGCAAAGUUAUGGCCAAAAAGUGCUUUCUCUGACCACACUCCGCCUUUUGCGUACUCUUUCGGCGGCAAAAAUCGUUGAAUAUCUGCCCUGGAAAGCGUGAGCUAAAACUUUGUUUUUCAAAUUAAGAACACUCAGAACUGAGUACUAUCCUUCUCAGAAACUCAUCAAUUUUCUAAAAAUAAAAAUUUUCAGAGGCCCUUCAACCUCUGCCAUCCGUUGAAGCGCCCGCUGAAGUCGAGCAAACCGGCUUCCAGCACACUCAGCCUUCCGAGCCAUCUCGACCAAUUCCAUAUCGGCGAAAGGCCGAGAAAAUGUAUCCAAAGUCCAGUACGCCGCCUCCAGUCAAACUGCCAACCGCCGAUGAGCUGCGGCAACGUCAAGAAUUCGAAAAUUCAAUCAUUGAUGGAGAACGUCAACGGCUGUUGAAGCAAAAAGCGGAGUUGGAAAAGAGAACGCAACAAAUCGAGGAGCAGCGGCAGCUGCAACUUCAGGUAUUUUUUGAGAGUCUGGUGGGAGGUUGAAUUGGCCAUCGGACAUGGUUAGAAGGCCCGGCUAUUUGUAUUCCCGGGCCGCCCUCGAGUUCGGGCCGGCCCUUUUCAAAAUUUUCAAAGUAGUCCGGCCCGUGGGGAUCUAUAGCCCGGCCCUGAGUAAUUUCAGACUCGGCCCUGUCUCGCAAAAAAAAAUUUUUUUGAAUGCGAAUUUUCCCGCCUUCUUGGCAACAUUUUGGCAUUGUGUUUUUGACUCGUUUUAGGGCGUGUUAUCGUUGCCAGAAAGAUUUCGAACAGCAAUGUAAAAAAAUCUAUCCUAAUAGAGGCACAAGUACAUAUUGUUGCAUAAUGCCAAGAACCCAAAAUUGGCAUCCCAAUUUUUCGCUUCAAGGCGAAAAAAAUAUAUUUUUUUUCUGUUUUUUAAGGGGGCCGGACCUAAAAUUUUCUAUCUCGAGCCCGAAGCCCGGUCCCAGAAAUGUCGGCCCGGCUCUUUUCGAAUUUUGCGAAGCUUGGUUCCUGCCAUGUCUGUUGGCCACAAAAAAUGAUUUUUUAUCCUGCAAUUUUUUCUCAUCCACAAUGCCUUAUUUUUCCAGCUGCAAGAAGAGCACAGAAGGCUUCAAAUCCAAAAGCAAAUCGAGCUGAUGAAGCUAGAAGAAGAAAGAAAAAGACUUCAGGAGGAUCAAGUCCUGCCUGUGGGAAAUAAACCGAGUUUGGAUAGGCUGGUAGCUUCGGACACCGCAACCGGCCCAAUCCCAAGAUAUUUGGGUGAUAGUGCGCCGGAGGUCAAUGAAGGUAAGAUCGAAUGAUUUUUUCUUUUUUUGGGAGACAUUAUGAAGGGUAAAACACGUUUUUUCAGCUAGAAUAUCAAAAAAAUUUCUUCUUUUAGUCGUUGAUAUAAUUUGGUAUAGUUAUAUUAGGCAAAGUAAUUUUCUCGUCAUUUCGUUCCACGUCGUAAAAAUCGCGAGUCAAAAGUACAGUGAGGGGCCUGAUCCAGUGGCAAAAAGCGUCCAUUUUGCAUCCGGGAAGCAUCAAAAAUGUGGCAAAGUGCUUCCCUCUCCAAGUGAAAAAAAACUUCGUUUUGAAGGGCGCGCCCUUUUCCUCACAAAAAGAGCAAACGCGCUUUUCAAAUCUGAGUUUUUUCACUUGUAGAGGGAGGUAUUUUGCCACAUUUUUUGAUACUUCCUGGAUGCAAAUUGGUACGUUUUUUGCCACUGGAUCAGGUCCGCCACUGCAGCUUUACUGGCCCUUUCCUGGUCCGAUUUGGACAGUUCUUGGAUGUAGCAGUAGUAGACCGCAUAGACUUUAAUUUAGGGUGAUGUCUCAUUGACAUCUCAAAAAAAAUUUUAUAGGAGUUCUAUCACCUGGGGCACUUUUUGGGACAUUUUUGCCACAAGUCCCGAAUAACACUUGGAUAGAAAGAUCCACUAUUAUAACAUUAUUUAUUAUGGUACCCCUUUUCAAUUCUACAUGUAGGUGUUACAGUUGAAUGUAGCAAAAGUUACAAAUUGAGCGAAAAUUUUUAACAUACGAAGAAAUAUGUCUCAUUAUAACAAACUAAAUUUUUUGUUUUUUUUUUAUUUUUAACUUUACUAAAAUUAACAAAAACAACAUUUUUACAUGUUUUUUGUUUAUAUCUCCCCUUCUACAACUUUAUUUUUCAAAAUAAUUUCUUGUAAUUGCGUAAUAAUCUUCGAAGCCGCUAACCGUUUUGCUUCUUCUGUUUCAGCCGCCUUGCUCGAAGCGUAUCGGACGAUCUUCGAGCAUAACCGACAGAAAAUCAUUAAUCCGGAUGUGGUGGUACCGCCGGCGGAGGUUCAGGAAAAGAUCUCGGAAAUCCGAAGACAACCGACGCCCGACGAUCCGGGCUACAAAUUGGGCCGGAAUCAAGUUUCUAACAUGUUUUAUGAAGACAGCGGUAAUUUUAAUUAUUUUUUAUUUAUUUUUGAUUUAUUUUUUUUUUUUUUUUUGGGAGUAUUGUAACAGUUUAACAUUUUCAAAAAUUGAUUAUUUUUUUAAUUAACAUUUUUUAUUUUUAUUAACCAAAAAAAAAUUUUUUUUGAGUUACAAGGUAUUACUCUAAGUGCGACGCUCAGAUUUUCUUGAAAUUUUGCACACAUUUUGUGCAUAGACUAGUUUUCAAUUCCUGAAAAUUUUAGCUCGCCUUUUGCAGGCGCUGCCGAGAUAUUGACAGAUCUUUGCCGCCGAGAGAGUACGCAAAAGGCGGAGUGCGGCAAAGAAAAAAAAAACACUUUUUGGCCAUAACUUUGACAGUUUCGCGUGGAAAAAAUUGAUUUUUUGUGGUAGUAUUGCCCUUUACGGUAGAAAUAAUCAUGAAACUUUUCGUGCCAAAAUUCACAAAAAAGUGCCACAUUUUUGCCAACUUUCGAUUAAAAAGUCUCGGUUGUUUGGGUAAAGCGCUAGCUAGAAAUUUGGCAUAUAUGUUGGAAAAAAUUAUAGUAAAUUUGAGCAAUUUUGAUCUUAGCGUAUUUUACAAUAAAAAAAAUUUUGUUUGAGCCCACGAAAAAUAACAAAUAAUAUAUUUUCUUUAAAAUUUGUUCAAAAAAAUCAAUUUUUCGAUGUAAAAAUGUAAAAUUUCAGAUACAAUAUUAACAAAAAAAUAAUUUCAGGUCUAAUGGUGGGAACCCAGCCCUCGGAUUCUGGAGUAAUUGCCCUGACCAACGCCGUUGGCGGCGGUGGAUUUGGCAAUGGCCGUCGGCCAGAUACUGUUCCAUUUGCGUAG